GGGUUCAGUGCCCCUUUAAGGUUUACUUGUAAAGAAAGACAUUAGCAAUCAGUAAGACGUGAUGUGCUUGAUUAACAAUACGGCUACUAGUCCUGCACUUAUGACCUGCUCGGGGUGACACUCACUAUUGCUCCCUUUAUGUCACUUACAGCUACAGCAGCGCCCUCGGGUGUCCGCUGCUAAACAGGUGAGUACCUGGAUAUCAAUCAACCACGUGAAAGCGCACAGCCCCCGACAGCCAACCACGUGACAGCAUACGUACCAAAACAUAAGCAGACACCGAGCGCAUAGCUUUGACGUCAUCAUAACGCGGCCAAAUCCACCACGUGAUGGCUGCAGUGAAAUGACAUCUCUGGGAGCCAUGACGACAGUUCAGCGUCGCUACGGAGGCCUCAGUGACCCGUAAUGAACAAAGAAAAGCCGGAAAUCUCUGCUACUGAAAACCCAUCCAGAAGAAAUGAAAUGAGAGAGAUUUUCUUAUUAGGAUGAUUUCCAGGUACAAAAGGAAGCCAGUAUCACAGCAUCAGCAAAUAAAUCAGAAUGUUGGAAAAUCUUCAAGAAAUCAUCCUCUGCCAGAGAAAGCUGAUGUAUUCCUGACACCAAUCUCCAAUGAGCAGCAUGACACAGCUUCCCCGUGCAGAAGUGAGCCGGACCUUUCAGGAAGUUCAAAUGACACCCAAGACGACACAAAAGAUUCAUGGUCAGAGCUGCAGAGCUGCGCAGGAUUGUCUACAGAGAACAGCUCCGUUAUAUCCUGGGGCUUUGAUGAGUUUGACCAGGCCGCCACACGACAGGUACAGAGGAUUUUCAAGCAGAUUGACGAACUUCUGUACGAAAAGAAAGACAGUGCGUUAGUGACCGGUCUGCAGGAUGAGUGCAAGCAGUGGGUGUCUCGCUUCCCACACUUACGAAUACAAGGGAAGCAGAUGGUGGCGCCCUCGGAUGACGGGUACAGCUGGUAUUCCACUUCCCCGUGUGUGGAUUUAGGCUGCGUACAGCUCAGUGCUAUAAAGGAUCCCAGUGAACUAGGAAUUGUCGGCACAAGGUUCCCAACUUCUAUUCCAAAUGAUCUGAAACACACUGAGCUCCCCAGCACUCGCUGCUACUUUUCCUUGGGGAGUGAGGAAGAAGAGGGAGCUGAUAUGGGGGUGAUUGUGUCAGACGGUGUUAUGGAGGAGUAUUUGGCAUUUGACAGCAGAGACAAGGAUGAUGAGCAGUUUGAGUGGUCAAGAGCAUUUUCCCAGGGCAGCCUGAGGAUGGGUUACCCCCCUAUUUCACCCAAGUACUCCAGGAAGGAGGCGAUUCUGUCGCACCUGUUUGAUGACGUAUGGAGAGAUCUGGUGGGUUGCUUAGAGCAGCUGAUACGCAGGUACUGGGAAGAGUCUGUUUCAGAUGACAUCAGACAUGAGACCACAAUUCCAAUAACCAAAGUGGAACCUAUUAACCCAUAUUCGCCUCUCCAGCGAUUUCCAUUUGUGUUGCCCCCAGUUCCUAAUUCCAAGAUUUCUCCCAUCUCCCCCAAUAUGCCCAGGAGGAAAAACAAACAGACUGGCAAACCCUCUCACAACAAUCAGUCUCCAAGUGGAACUAUAGUCAGUCCCAGACAUUUGAAUGACUUAAUGGUGAUUCAUGGAAUCCCGUUACAGCAAAGAAACCUUCCUCUAAUGGACAGAGUUCUAGAAUCUGGUGACAAAUCACCUCUGAGACCCACAUCAGCUGCCCUUAUCUCUGGCAAAUCCCGGCAAGGCCGCUCAUUAGAGCACAGCACAGCUUCACUGUCACAUAAUGUUCCAUCUGCCAGAAGACGCAACCCCCCUCGUACCUUACACCCCAUUAACAACAAUCCUUCCAGGUCUGCAACACCAAAAAUAGAGGAAAUCAUCAGAGGAACAAGAAUGUCAACUGCAAGUGACCAACUACCAGGUUCUCCUGUGCCAUUUAAUCGUAACAGUCUCCUCCCACCAAUUGCUGCUUCUGAUCCAGAGCAUCCGCAAACAUCACAGAGACGAACGAGAUCUCGAUGUAAUUCUGGCCGUGUGUGCAGUGCUACAGCUACACAGGAGAAACCAAACUUGCCUGACUGUAGCUCCAGGCCCAGCACAACAAACAUGCUUUGGCCUGACACACCACUGGGCCGAUCAUUUGUAACGCCUGAUCACAUCCGAAACAGAAGAGGCUCUGAUGGCACUGAGUCCCUCAGUAUUGCCGUCACCGGUAUCAGUUUAGGAGCAGCGACUUUCUCUCGUGACAGUUCUAGUCAGUGGGGAUAUUCGGUCAAUGAAACCGCAGAAAAAGGAGAUCAUUCACCAGGUGCCCCUCUGCACUUAUUAAUGAAACCUCGUGGAGGAUCUCUGACAAGAAGCAAACAAGGACUGUAGUCUGGUUUAAAGCCAUAUCAUACUUACCUUACUUUGUGAUGCUGCAAUCUGAUAAAUUCAACAGAUCAUUUACAAAACAUCUUUAAAUAUGUGACUUUCCAGAG